AUGAUUGUGUAUUUGGACAAUAUUCUGAAAUAUUCGGACUCCCCAGAAGAUCACGAAGAACAUGCGCAGGCAGUAUUGUGGCACCUCCAGGAACAUUGCCUCUAUGCCAAGUUGGAAAAGUGCGGGUUCAACUUAACCACACUGGGGUUUUGGGGAUAUCGCAUUUCGCCAGCUGGAGUAGAAAUGGAUCCAGGCAAGGUCCACUGCAUUCUCAUGUGGCAACCUCCCAGAACCAAGAAGGAUCUACGAUGUUUCCUGGGGUUCGCCAACUACUACCACCGGUUCAUCGCAAACUACUCCAACAAAAUGGCACCCCUCAUGGAUUGUUUGAAGGAGCCGGGGCCCUUUCGUUGGACGGAAGCCACACAAAAAGCCUUUGAAGAGUUGAAGGGGUGGUUCACCUCGGAACCCAUACUACAACACGCAGAUCCCACACACCCCUUUGUGGUUGAGACAGAUGUGUCGGACUUAGCCAUUGGAAUGGUGCUUUUACAACCAGCGCUGAAGGGGGAGUGUCUAAGACCCUGCACCUACUUCUCGUGA